AAAAUAAAGAAAAACUAACUCGAGAAUUUGCCUUCAAGAUGUGCCCGCCAAAAGAAGCGGUUACUUUUGUUAAUCCAAAAUCGCUUUUCACGCUCUACGCCUCGUUUGCCUUCACCACCGCUGGAAAACCAUGGAAAAACCAGAGCGAGAAACUCUCCAAUCCUCUUUUUGCUCUCUCUUUUUCCCUUCUGCAUCAUCUUCAACACAUAUCGAAAUCAAACGAAGAAGAAGAUGAGCGUGAUAGCCAUUCUGUUCAGAGUCGAUGACAUCUGCAAGAAAUACGAGAAGUAUGACAUUGACAAACAGCGUGACCUCAGUUCUUACGGCGACGACCCCUUCGCUCGUCUCUACGCUUCUAUUGAGUCCGACAUUGCAGUCGCUCUCCAUAAAUCUGAGCUGGCAGCGGCGGAAAGUAAUAGAGCUGCAAUGGUUGCCAUGAAUGCAGAGGUUCGUAGGACUAAAGCUCGAUUGGCUGAAGAAGUUUUUAAGCUUCAGAAAUUGGCUAACAAGAAGGUCAAAGGAAUGUCAGCAGAGGAACUAGCUGUUCGUCCUGACCUGGUUCUUGGAGUAAUAGAAAGGAUUCAAGCUGUACCAGAUGGGUCAACAGUAGGACCUAAACAAACAGGAGGAUGGGGAGGAUCAUCAGCUCAGCAAAAUAUCAAGUUUGACUCAUCAGAUGAACACCUUCAUGGUGCUUUUUUUCAGCAAAGCGAAGAGUCAAGUCAAUUUAGACAAGAGUAUGAAAUGCGGAAGUUAAAACAGGAUGAAGGUCUUGAUGUGAUAUCAGACGGACUCGAUAUGUUGAAAAAUUUGGCUCAUGAUAUGAAUGAGGAAAUGGAUCGGCAAGUUCCGCUAAUUGAUGAAAUUGAUACAAAGGUGGAUAAGGCAACUUCAGAUCUUAAAAAUACAAAUGUUAGGCUCAAGCAAACACUGAUCCAAAUAAGGUCGAGCAGAAACUUCUGCAUUGACAUUAUUCUGCUUUGUGUAAUCUUAGGAGUGGCUUCAUAUUUAUACAAUGUUUUGAAGUGAAUGGACUCCAAGGGCUUGUUUUCCUGCUGUUUGCUUAUAAUGUCGUCUGGUAAAAUAAUUUUCAUUAUUUUGGGGCUUUACAUAUUUAUUGAUAACUUUGGCGUAUGUUAAAUCAUUUCGGCAUUGUGUAUAGGAACAUCGAUAAAAUUGUGUUAUUAUUUAUGUCACAGAUUUGUCCCCUAUCAGACUUUGUUGUAUACUUGACUGCAUGUCAUACAAAUAUUAUUUUUUAUCCAAGGAGCAUUUUAAUUA